AGUAGAGAGAAGCGACCUAACAUCCAGCGCGAGAAAGAGAUCCCGCCGAAUCCCCCAAACCCAACCACCGCCUCUCCGGCGACCCCAGAUCUCGUCUGCGGCGGCGGCGGGGCCGGAGGUCGGAGGGCGGAGGGCGGGGGUUCGAGGCGAAGAUGUUCUAUGGGGCGAUGGUGUGGGAUCCGUGGCUGAUCGUGGCGCAGAUCGUCUGCCUGCAGUGCCUCUACUACCUCGGCCUCGGCACCUUCAUGGCGCUCCUCGUCGGCACCCGCGUCCCGCGCCUCACGCUGCUCUACCUCUUCGACUUCGCCAUACUCACGCCGCGCACAACCACCGGCUGGUGCGCCAUCGCCUCCUUCCUCCUCGCCGCCAUCGCAGGUGCUGGAUUCAUGCUUUAUGUGAUUGAGAGAGCCAAGAAGUGCCUGGACUUUGCAGCCACCCUCUACAUCAUUCAUCUAUUUAUUUGCAUCAUUUAUGGUGGAUGGCCAGCUUCAGUUACAUGGUGGGUUGUUAAUAUUGUUGGUUUGGCAAUCAUGUCUCUCCUUGGAGAGUACCUAUGCAUCAGGCGAGAGCUACAAGAUAUUCCAGUACGGAUUCGUGCAAGUGUUUAAUCUCAGAGACUAAAAAAGGAGUAUAGGCGGUUUCCAACUGUUGUUACCCCCAAAGGGAUGCUUGUUAAUAUCUUUGCUUAGGAAUACAGAGACCUGCGAUGUAUGCUUUGUUCUAUGAUUUACAAGCAAUACUGUUGAAUCCUGCAAAUAUUUAGUGAUGCAUGAUCUCUCAUUAUAGUCACCAGAGAUAAUGGCAUUGCAAGCAAGGCCUCUGAACCACCAGGGGAGUGGGAUGACAGCUCAAGUUUAUGGGAUGUAUGAAGUCUUCCCCCUUCUAUGGAUAGUGACAGAGAAAAGGUUGCUGAUUGACAAUUUGUAUGACUAGAUAACAAUACCUUGAAAUUGUUCUUUAGCGAGACUGAUAAUGCAAAUUUUAUCUCACA